AUGGUAGUCCAGCUCGUCAUCUUCCCAUGGGCGGCCAGAAAGCACGGAAUUCUCCAAUGUCUGAAACUGGCUUGUACCGUCUUCCCUAUCUUGUACCUUGUGGUCCCAUUUGUACCUCUCCUCCCACAGCCUCUCUCCAGUGUCGCCGUAGUUGCACUGUUGGUUCUCAAGAUGGCAGGGGCUGCGUUUGUUUUCCCAUGCUGCACAAUCUUAAUCAGUGAGGUGGCGGGAGCUAUCGGCAUGCUAGCAACGGUGAAUGGAAUCGCUACUAGCAUUAUCGCCUUUGGACAGGCUCUUGGACCGGGAGUUAUGGGACCUACAUUUUCGUUUGGUGUCAAACUGGGCUACACGAUUCUUCCCUGGUGGCUACUGGCUGGGUUCGCGUUUUUGAGUUCGCUUCCAGUUGCUUGGAUUAAAGAGGUGGAUAUUAAACUUCCCGAGGAGGGUCUUCUUCCUAAUGAGGAAGAGCAGCAGGUUGGUGACGGUGAGAAUGAUAUGGAAGCCCGCGGCAGACAGCCUACUCUGAUUUAG